CUGAGAGAGACAGAGAACCAGAAGGCACAAUUGCACACCAAUUCACGGGCAAGGCAGGUAAGAAAGAGCCUGCUUCUGUCAGUCCUUUGCUUCUCUGUUUGCAACAGACAGAAAAGAUACGAGGGAGAUGAACAGCUUAUUUAUUUUACUUUAUUCAAUGAAUUUAUUAGCCGCUCUUGCACUGAGAUUCUCUAAGCAACUUACAUAAUGGGGGGGGGGGGGGGAUAUGGGCUGUAUGAUACAAUAGCCAUGCUCAGAGUAGACCCCUUGAAAUUAAUGAGCAGGACUAACAUAAGCCCAUUAAUUUCAGUGGAUAUGCUGAACUUGAUUACAACCCUAAGGCUGCAAUCCUAUACGUACACACUUUUCUGGGGAGUUGGAACUUGCUUCUGAGUAGCCAUACCUAGGACUGUGGCAUAAAUAUUUAUAAAUCUACAUCCGUUUCGCACAAAUGGAAACUGGUGAGUUGUGUGUCAUUGGGGUGUGUGAGAGAGAUGCUGAGUAUAUAGUGUUGCCUUUCUGCUUUAAGAACUUGCAUCAGAUGAUUGGCCCAUCUAUUUACAGUACUUAAUUUAUUUAAGAAUUUGUACCCUGUUUUCCCCCGGACCAGCUUUCCAAAGUAGCUUACGAUUAAAACGUAAUAUGACAACAGUAAAGAACAGUAAGCACCAGCAUAUGAGAAUAAUAACACAUAGUGGCUUUUAUUUUAUUUUUAAAUGCUAGGAACAGUCGAAAAACAUCAGGAAAUACAUUCUGGUGGGGGGGGGGGGAAUGAAAUUUUCAAUUUCUGUCUGAAACCAGAUAUUUUUAUCCCAGAGUUGUCUAUUUUUACUGGUAUUCUAACAUUAUCAAAUUGGUAUCAUCUCUAAAGCAUUGCUUUGCCUGUAUAAAGAUGUCAGGUGCAAGCCCUGAUAUCUCCUCUUACUUAAUUGGGAUCUCAUAAAUCAGGGCUUUAUGCUUACAGUGGUACCUCGGGUUACAUAUGCUUCAGGUUACAUACGCUUCAGGUUACAGACUCCGCUAACCCAGAAAUAGUACCUCGGGUUAAGAACUUUGCUUCAGGAUGAGAACAGAAAUCGUGUGACGGCGGCGCGGCAGCAGCGGGAGGCCCCAUUAACUAAAGUGGUGCUUCAGGUUAAGAACAGUUUCAGGUUAAGAACGGACCUCCAGAACGAAUUAAGUACUUAACCAGAGGUACCACUGUACUUCAAAAUGUAGCAAGCCAGCCCUGAUGUGUUUGGGGGUUCCUCUUGUUUAUUCUGAGUGUCACCCUGGACUUCUACCCCAAAGACAAAAACCUGGAGUCUUCCUUUAGAUACUGUAUCUUCCCUUGUCCCUCCUGGCCAAGGUCCUGUGUCUUUUAAGACCUAUGUGACGGGCAGAAACUCAGCAGGGAAAGCUGCACAUGUUGCGUUUCCGUUUGGUAGAAGUUACUAUGAUCAAGACACAGUACAGUGGUGCCCCGCAAGACGAACGCCUCGCAAGACGAAAAACCCGCUAGACGAAAGGGUUUUCCGUUUUGGAGGCGCUUCGCAAAACGAAUUUCCCUAUGGGCUUGCUUCGCAAGACGAAGCCCAUAGGGAAAUCUCCGGUCCGCGAAGCCUGGGCGCGCUGAUCUCAGCGCGCGCAGGCUUCGGCAUGCCGGCAGCUCUCCGCGAGCAGCGGCGCGCGCUGCCGCUGCUCGCGGAGAGGUCCGCGAAGCCUGGGCGCGCUGAUCUCAGCGCGCGCAGGCUUCGGCAUGCCGGCAACUCUCCGCGAGCAGCGGCAGCGCUGCCGCUGCUCGCGGAGAGGUCCGCGAAGCCUGGGCGCGCUGAUCUCAGCGCGCCCAGGCUUCGGCAUGCCGGCAGCUCUCCGCGAGCAGCGGCAGCGCUGCCGCUGCUCGCGGAGAGGUCCGCGAAGCCUGGGCGCGCUGAUCUCAGCGCGCCCAGGCUCGGCAUGCCGGCAGCUCUCCGCGAGCAGCGGCAGCGCUGCCGCUGCUCGCGGAGAGGUCCGCGAGCCUGGGCGCGCUGAUCUCAGCGCGCCCAGGCUCGGCAUGCCGGCAACUCUCCGCGAGCAGCGGCAGCGCUGCCGCUGCUCGCGGAGAGGUCCGCGAAGCCUGGGCGCGCUGAUCUCAGCGCGCCCAGGCUUCGGCAUGCCGGCCACGCUCCGCCAGCAGCGGCCGCGCUGCCGCUGCUCGCGGAGAGGUCCGCGAAGCCUGGGCGCGCUGAUCUCAGCGCGCGCAGGCUUCGGCAUGCCGGCAACUCUCCGCAAGCAGCGGCAGUGCUGCCGCUGCUUGCGGAGAGGUCCGCGAAGCCUUGGCUGGACAGCUUUUGAAGGCAGGUGGGGGGGACAAAGACUUUCGCCCCGCCAGCCUUCAGAAGAGGUCCAGGACCUCUUCUGAAGGCUGGCGGGGGCAAAAGUCUUUGUCCCCCUGCCUGCCUUCCCAGGGGCUUUAAAUUGCCCCGGACAGCGGAGAAGUCCUCCGCUGUCCCGGGGCAAUUUUAAAAUGCCGCCCGCCAGCAUUUUAAGAUCGCCCCGGACAGCGGAGAAGCUCUCCGCUGUCCCGGGAUUUUAAAAUGCUGGGGGUGGGAAGAAAAGCCCUUGUCCCCCCAGCCUUCAGAAGAGGUCGGGGGACAGACUGUCCCCGGACCUGGUCUGAAGUCGGUUUCCCUAGGAACGCAGUAAUUGAUUUUCAAUGCAUUCCUAUGGGAAACCGUGCAUCGCAAGACGAAAAACUCGCAAGAAGAAAAAACUUGCGGAACGAAUUAAUUUCGUCUUGCGAGGCACCACUGUAAUCCCAUCAGGCAAGAGUGAGGGGGAGAAGGUGAUAAAACUACACAGAGUUGAAGAAACAGCCAGAGCUGAAGACAGGUGUAACUGCCAGUCUUAUAGCAGGGGUAGCCAGCAUGGUGUCCUCAAGGUGUCGUGGGAGUACAACUCCCAUCAUCCCUGACCAAUGGCCAGAUUGACUGGGCUGAUGGGAAUUGCAGUCCACAGACCAUGUUGGCUACCACUGUCUCUUGCUCAGUACAGUCAUACCUUGGGUUACAGAUGCUUCGGGUUGUGCGAUUUCGGGUUGUGUACUGUGCCGAACCCAGAAGUACCGGAAUGGGUUCCUUCCAGGUUUCGGUGCUUGCGCAUGCGCAGAAACGAUAAAUCGCACUUUGCGCAUGCGCAGAAGCGCCGAAUCACAACCCACAUGUGCGCAGAUGCUGUGCUGCGGGUUGCAGAUGCUGCAGGUUGUGAACGUGCUUCCCUCAUGGAUCACGUUCGCAACCUGAGCGUCCACUGUACAUCAUUCUAGUAGAAGGCAGGGGGCGGGAUUUUGGUAGACACAAGACACAAAAUUCCCUGCUAAACUCUUUCUACAAGUUGACCUCCCUCCUUAUUUAAUGCAUUGGAUAGUAGAAUAGUCCUACCACCUUGAGAUAGAAUGGGGGAAAGAAUAUAUGCUGCAAAACUUUUUAGCAUGCUGCUCCUUCUGGUAAAGUGCUGAGUUCAAAGCUUACAUUUUAAUGGGAUUAAUCUCUGGCAAGUUACUACCUCUCAGCCUCAACUCCCUAGCUUUAAAAUGGGAGAGCAAGCAAGUGGCUAGGGAGAAAAAAAACCCUCUAUCAUAAUACUGGAAUCCCAUAUCAUCCAAUAAAACUGAGGAAUAGGAAAUUCACGUCAGGAAAAAGGAAGUACCCAGCACAUAGUUGUAAUGGUAGCAUCAAACUCUGAUGGCUUGCUUAGCUUAUGUGUUCCUAUAUACAUAAAUAUGUAAAACAUCAUAACAUCUGAAGUUCAUGUGGCCUUGCUAACUACAACAUGAGGAAUAGCAGACUGCUUCAGGGGAGCUGUUUAACUGGGGGUGAGAGGUACUUCAUAUAGUGGUUUAGCAAAGUGUUGGAAGUUGAUGGGACUGAGAGCCUACCAUCAUCUGGAGGGCCACAAAUUCCUUAUCCCAAUUCUGCCAGACCCGUCUGACCACAGUCAGAGCGCCAAGUACAGAAAAGUUACCUCCAGCUCAACAGGCUGCCCUGUGCUCUGUGAUAUUGAGGGAAGGGAUGGCCCUUUAAAAAAAAAAAAGCCCUCUGCAAGAAUAGUUAGUAAAUAUGAAUUUAUUGUUUUUUUAUCCUUUAAUGCAAAACAGGCAUCAAGAAGGAUGUGCCAGCUGAACUCACUGGAUAGUUUUAUUUUACCCACUGGACUCUCUAAUUUGUUUUGAUUUUAUCAGGAUAUUCGUCAGUGAGCCUCCUUCUGUGUAUUUGUCAAGGCAUUUCUUACUCAAUGUUUAUUUGCUAAUAAUUCCUGCUUCCCGGCCAACCAUGCACACACCCUUUCUUUCUUUCUUUCUUUCUUUCUUUCUUUCUUUCUUUCUUUCUUUCUCUGUCCCUUGUUUACAUGUCCCCCACUGUUAUCAGCAGUCCACACACACACACACACACACCCCUCUGAUGUACAAAUUAUAUUCUCUUGGCACCUGGAGGUCACUUAUCCCAAUCUAUAGUAAACCUUAAGGUUAGCAUCUGUUUUGUUAUGAGAUACAAGACACUUCCAGACCUGUCACUAUUUUCAGGGGAAUUCAAUCACAUAACGGCAAAUUCAGGUCUUGUAAUAGUAGAUUGUGAGGUCUUGUGUGACAAACCUGCUUCCUCAAAAGAUUGGACUUUUUGCAGUAAGGAAAGUGAUGGGGAAAGUAUGGAAUAACUCUUGCUUUGAUGCAACACCAUCUAACCUCCCUGCAAACAAAUUGAGACAAAUGCUCAUUAAAUAACCAAUAUCAUCAAAUAUCCCUGGAAACAGAGCAGGAUGACUGGUCAAUGCACAGGUCAUCUGAAAGUGCCCAUUGUCUGUAACUUAAUAUCACCAGUGCUGUUUAUUAGGAAGGAGGAAGCAAACUGAAUGAAUCUCAUAAGUUGAUGAUACAGAGCCUGAAGAAGCAAUGCAAGCAACACAAAUACAUCUCUCUGUCCUUCUGCAGUGGGAAGCUUCUUCACCUUAAGAUUGACUUCUUUUGGUCUGCCUGUUAUUAAUUGGUAGUGCCUGUUGUGGGCCUCUCUGCCAAGGACUUCCCCCCCUCUUGAGCCUCCAGCCUGUUCCUUCCCUGUUAACAGACGGACACUUUUGGCUCGUGCGUAAUAUAUGCAAACAACCAGUUGGAAGGGUCUAUGUACGAAUUACUGGCUUAAAACGCGGCUCGGCUGCUCUUUUCCUCAAUUCGGAUUGAAGCUGGUACGGGAGAAAACACACCAAAAUACAGUAUUGCAUAAGAAAAAAACAGGAUAGAUACCUUAUAUAGAUACAGAUUGUGUACACUGUGUGUACACUGGCUUCCCAAACUAACAAGGGGAGCACACUGGAUGCAGAGCAAACUGGAGUGUGUACACAGCCAGGUAGCGGCAAAUAAAGCGCCGUCUGAAUGGAGCCUAAUAUAAGGCAGAAUGAAUCCACCACAAAUGCACUGUUAUGGUGUAAAGGGCAUGCUGCCGAAUACACGAGCCUGGAGGGGUGUCAAACCAAGAUGGUCCCUGCACAGGGACCCACUCCACAUCUGCAGCCUAUGCAGCACCAGUUGUUUCUGUGCAGGUGGUGGCGGGGGAACUGGUAUUUGCCUGUGUCUACCAGCUAUUUGCCAAGUAGAUUUUCACAUGCAACCUGCUUCAGGUGUCCUAGGAAUUCUGUAUCGAGACACAUUCACUACUUUUAAAAUCAAAACUCAAAAAUGUCAAAAUUUACAAAAAAUUACGAGCGAGAGACCUGCAUGUUAGGUGCCUCAAUUGGUGGUUUCAGCAGGAAGAGCUGGCAUUCUUAACAUAUAUCCAAUGUGAUUUAUUUGUAUCUUGUGGUUUUCCUGCUCCUUAUUGAUUUGAUUCUUCUGUUGUAUUUACUGCAGCUUUGUUGUAUGUUUCUUUCUUAUUGGAAAAUAUUUUUGUUCGUCAGUUACUGUAAUGAAUGAGUUGCUUUAAGCUCAGCCUGGCCAUUGGCAAAGUGAAAUACAAAUAUGAAAUAAAAUAAAAUGUGCUUCAGUUUCAAGAAGAAAAAUAGUUUUCUUUCUUUUGCAUCUCUGCCCCGCAAACAUUUAGGGUGCUAGCUUACUUUUUAAAAAGAAAAACAAAUAUAUAGAGUCUACGUGUGUAUGCCUAAGCAUUUGCAAGGGUUGGGGUUGGCCUUGCUGCUUUCGAUUGUUGACGUCCUGCCUCUUAUUCUGGCUUUCAGCUUGAAUUCUCAGGCAGCUCUGCCUUCAUCUUUACUGUGCCAUCUGGAAUCUCCAUUCGCAUGCUAAGAUGCCGCGAGGAGCAUCCCCCCUCUUGCUGCUUCUCUGGGCCAAAAUGGUCUCCUCCACAUGGUAUGAAGGUAAGCACUGACAAGUCAGUACCAAAGUCAGGCAGGGGGAGGGGGGAUAAGCUUAAGAACAAAGGUGGUAAGACUUUUUGCAUUUUCUCAAAGGCAGCCUUCCUUGGGUAGCAGGCCCUUAGGUAAUAGCAGGCUACCUACAGGUGUGCGUGCACAUUCAGCUCCAAUCUAAAGAGUGCAGCACCAGCACCAGCAGUGAAGGCACCACCACUGCUGCCCUCGCAGCCAUGCAGCACUACUGGUAACAGGCCUAGGAAAGACCCCUGGCCUCAGAGAUCUGGUUGCCACUUGGAGAGGACAGUAGAGCGGUAAAUGGACCUAUAACCAGACUUGGCCUGAGACAGGCACAUCUAUUUUUAUACACAUUGUAAUUAGCUGUGGUCUCCUUUUGGCCACAGCUGCCAUCCGAGCAAGACCACAGUCAGUCUGUACAUAGUAGGGUAUCUUUGUCAAAGAAGCCCCCAAGGCAUAGGCAAUAGGAAGGGGGGAGGAGCACCCAGACAUCCUGCAACUCCUUCGCCGCAAAAGCUUUGCAAAUAAUAACCCAUUGUGGAACUAACUGUGGUUCCUGCUUUGCUGGGGGCAAGGAAGGGCAGACGGAUACGCAUCUGGGGUUAGGACCAUACCUAGAUUGAAGUAAAUAUAAUUCCGCCCCCUCCCCCUGCAAUAGCAGGAGCUAAAUUUUUCCACAUGUCCUGUCUCUGGCUGAUGAGGAGACCACUUGGCAAGCGAUGGUUUGUCUGGAGCAGUUUCAGACAGUAAGCAGUGGGGUUGGGGUGUCGACAGGGACUGGGGGGCUGGCACUGAGUAAGCCUCUUUCCUUCCUCUGCUAAGCUUCUGAGUUUCUUAUGCCUCUUGGCUCUCAUGUGUUCCGCUAAAAGUCCAUCCAUUGCCUGGUCACUGUUAGGCAAGCAAAUACCUUCAGGAGACACAGUUCUUAUUGCAAUUGUCUAAAUGUUUUUGGGAAACCUUGCAACAGAUGUGCUUUGCCACAUGUGCAUGAGGCUUAAAAGGCCCUGCCUGUACAAGCUUGGGCCCUUUUCCUGGGCCAGGCUGCUGUGGCUUUAAUGGCAACAAGACAGAAAAGGAUUUCAGCAGGCAAUGUUUUCUCCACCCUCUCUAAAAAGCAACAACCCCGAAACAAUUAUGAACAUAGGAAGAGUCCUGCUGGGUAUAUCCAGCAUCCUGUUUUCAUAAUGGCCAACCAGAUGCCCAAACAGGACCUGUGCAACAGCAGUCAAUUAGCUCAGUUGGUUAGAGCUUGGUGCUGGUAAUACCAAGGUUGCAGGUUCGAUCCCUGUAUGGGACAGCUGCAUAUUCCUGUCUUGCAGGGGGGGUGGGUUGAACGAGAUGACCCUCAGGGUCCCUCCCAACUCUUUUGUUGUUUAGUCGUUUAGUCAUGUCUGACUCUUCGUGACCCCAUGGACCAGAGCACGCCAGGCACUCCUGUCUUCCACUGCCUCCCGCAGUUUGGUCAGACUCAUGUUUGUAGCUUCGAGAACACUGUCCAACCCUCUCACCCUCUGUCAUCCCCUUCUCCUUGUGCCCUCCAUCUUUCCCAACAUCAGGGUCUUUUCCAGGGAGUUUUCUCUUCUCAUGAGGUGGCCAAAAUAUUGGAGUCCCAGCUUCAGGAUCUGUGCUUCCAGUGAGCACUCAGGCCUGAUUUCCUUAAGAAUGGAUAGGUUUGAUCUUCCUGCAGUCCAUGGGACUCUCAAGAGUCUCCUCCAGCUCCCAACUCUACCAUUCUAUGAUUCUAUGAUUCCCAGCAGCUGAAACAACCUGCCUCUAACAGCAGAGAUAGCACUUGAUUGCCAGUAGCCACUGGGUAUGGUAGGCAAAUUUGUUUCAGUGGCAGCAUAUCUCCAGUUCUUGUGCCAUGUGAAUCUAAGAUAACUCUGCCCACAUUGCAGCACCAAUGCUAAGUUUGGUUCACACAAGGCUGGUCUAUCUCUCAACCCCCAGCUAUGAGCUGUGGUGAAAGAGUUGGUUUAGAUUUCUUCAUUUCCAUCUUGGAAAAGUGUGGCCACAUUUGUGAUUGCUUGAGCUACAACCACUAUGGGCUAUGAAGGCUGACUCAGCCCUUUCCUUGCAAGGAGAUGGUUAGACAUACAUCAGACUUUCCCUAGAGGCUGGUGGUGCAGGAACAUGACACUGGAGAAGGACAAUUUAUGAGUGGGAAGGUAGUACCCCACAGGACGUCAUUGUGUGUGGUGUGUACACGUUCUCCAUGGAGAUGCUGUCUAGACUAGUAUUCAUCCUCUCCCUGCUCCUCUCUCCUGACUACUUACCAUUGCAAAACAAUGGGAAGCUUGCUAGCCAGAAAGAGGCAGCGCUCCAAGCAGCUUGGUCUACACAGCAUUAAGAUUCCCAACUUGAAUCAAAAUACUGGACCAAGGAAAUAAAUGUAACAGGGACCAGAGAAAGCAUCAGUAAGUGGAGUCCUGGCAGCUGCCCCAGGAUACCAGGUGCUGCAACUGGCCCUUGCCUCUGAGCCUCAUCCGAACCUGGAGAAGGUGAGCAAAAGCUGCUCCUCCUCCUUCCUCCUCACUUCCAUCAGUGCUCACAAACUGGGAGAGGUCAGCCUGCACAGGCAGCAACAGGAGGGAGCACAAAUGAAAAGACUGGGAGUUCCAGGAACUGGCUUCAAGGACCCUGCUGGGCUAGGCUGCGGACCUUGGUAGAAGCUCAAUGGCACUGACUCCUGACACUGGCCUUUAGUGCUGGGUCAUCUCUCUUGAAACAUACAAGGCAGCAGUGUCUCUGGGCAUGUGCAGCAUGCAUCCCAGUCAUCAUUGCCAGCGGGAGUGGGUGGGUGGGUGAGGAGCAGCUUUUCCAUCCUAGGUAUUUUGCACUUAGCCAGCCUCAGGCUUCUUAUAGACAUGAAGCGAUGCUCUCAAGCAGGGCAACGGAAACAUCUGGUCUUUUGCUUAGCAGAGAUGUGGUUUCAGAGCUGAUGCAGAUGAUGUUGUGCCUCAUUUCAAGCAUGGGUGCUAAAAUUAAGAGGUGGGUCCAUUCACAAACAGGAAUGGGAAUGAUUCAUGAGAGUGCCUGGGUGAUGGGGGGGAAUGAACUGUGGCCUCUGGAAUUAGAGGGAACCCAGCGGAAAUGUGACCUAAUUGGGUUGGAAUGCCAGCCGACAGCUCUUAUUCAUUCAUCUGGGAUCCAAAUUUAUUCUGCUCCAAUUCACUAUAAAAGAUAUUUUUGUCUCCACAUAUGUCUUUCACUGAUCUUUGUGGAAACGCUGGAAAGAAAAAGAAAAAGAAGACACACAGACACACACACAACCCUGUGUUUGUUUUGUCUAAAGCAAAGAAAGUAAAGAGAUGCUUGCAAUUUAUCCUUCUGGCAUACAUACACAGGAAAAGACAGCCUUCAAAAUUAUCCAACUGUUAGGAAGGGUUUGGUUAGCAUGCAUAGGUGUAGCCAGGGGGGCAGCUGCUCCCCCCUACACACUAUCAAGAAAAACAAUAGAAAUACUUAACUGACCAAUCACAUUGGUUCUGCCCCCCCCAGAAUUCUGGCCACGCCCAUGUUAGCAUCACCGUUCUUCCAAGGACAAUAAUCCUACAAGUAGGAUCCCAGAUUUUUCUUAGAGGCUGCUGCUGAAAACGUACGCAGACACCUCAUUGCAAGGCAAGCUUUCCACAUGUUGGAUACCCAAAGGACCGUUUGGAAAAGGCAUCCUGAGCCUGCCCAGCAUUACAUCAUAGUGAACACUUGAAACUUCCUUAUCCUCAGUCAGGCAUAUGAAUAGGGUGAUCCAGUACAUAUUAGACGCUUGGAGAUCGGCAAAGGCUCCUGAGAAGCUUAGCAGUUAUGGGAUAAGGGGACAGGGGGUCCUCUUACGGAUCAGUAACUGGUUAUAGAGCAGCGAGCAGAAAGUAGGAAUAAUGGAGAGAUGUAAAGGGGGGGGCAGGAAUCUGUGUUAGGAAUAGGUUGGGGAGGGUUCAGAUGCCCUACACGUUUUGGGCGAAGGCAUGUUGGCAGUGGCGUAGCGUGGGGGGUGCAGGGGGGCCGGCCGCACCAGGCGCAACAUCUGGGGGGGGGGCGCGCUCGCACUCGCAAUCUAGUGGAAGAGACUCGAGUGCUAAACUCCACGGGUUAGGGGGCGCAAAUUACUUGCCUUGCCCCGGGUGCUGACAACCCAUGCUACGCCACUGCAUGUUGGCCCCCUCAGACUCAUGUGUGGAUUGGAACUGUAGGUUGAGAAGUAAAUCAUUACACAAUAUCCAAAAAAGAAAAUAUAAUAAACCUACCACCCUGUUUAACUUCCCUCCACCGCUACUUGUCUUCUCUAGAAUCAGUUUUACUCUUAUCAUUGCAUUCUGAUUGUUUUUAUUUUUUCUAUAUACAUACAUACGUCAUUGAUAAUUUAUUGUUUUGAUGCAUUUACAUUUUUAAUCUAAGCAUAUUAGCAUGUCUUUUUUAGAGCAAUAUUUUGUCAUCAAAACAUUGCCAUUCGUUUUUUAGUUUUUGAUUUGACAGCUGUCGUAUGGAUGCUGUUAAUUUAGCCAAUUUUAAUUUAGUUUAAUUUAGCCAAUUUUAAUCCUGGGGAAUUGUAUGGGGUGGGCAAUGGGAGGCAGCCAUCUCUCCCACUACAAACUCAUAUGACGUCCUUGAACUCAGUUGGCACAGGUGUCAAGACAGCGACAGCACAAAACCCAGUGGUAGCACAAAGCCCCAUGCGCUACUCUCUUGGUCUGAGCCUUCAUAGACAGGUUGCACGAUGCCAUUUCUUAGAACAGCUGAUUAUCGCAGCUGAACUCCCCCAACAAAGAAAGCAAUUUGAAUCCAUUUUUAACGAAACAAAUGAGACGUGUAACAAAAUGUUGCAGCGUCAAGUGCUGCUGAUUCCAGUCACUUCAUUCUGUUCCUCCCAACUAAAAGCAACAGGCUGGCAGGAUUCCAGGGACACAGCAUACUCAAUCUUUAUGAGCUGUUUCAGGAAGAGGGUUUUUCUCUUAGGGUGAUUUAUUUAUUAUUAUUUUAAAAAAUGUGCACCUGCAAACCUUGGGCAUCCCCAAGCCUGCUGGUACCAAGGGAGUGGAUGAUAUGGUUUUCACUGUGUGAGAGCUUUACAUCCUAAACAUCAGAAAUAAGGCUCACCCACACUUCUGGUAGUCCCAUAAUUUCUAGGCAUGGGUCUGAGAGGUUUUCCUUUUGCCCCACAACUUUCCCUGGAAAAACCCAUUUUUUUUACCACUGAAUCAGAACAAAGGUCAAUACAGUGGUACCUCUGGUUAAGUACUUAAUUUGUUCCGGAGGUCCGUACUUAACCUGAAACUGUUCUUAACCUGAAGCACGACUUUAGCUAAUGGGGCCUCCUGCUGCUGCCGUGCCACUGGAGCACGAUUGCUGUUCUCAUCCUGAAGCAAAGUUCUUAACCCGAGGUACUAUUUCUGGGUUAGCGGAGUCUGUAACCUGAAGCGUAUGUAACCUGAAGCGUAUGUAACCCGAGGUACCACUGUAUGCAGAAAACCCAACUGAUGUUCUCUGCAAACAGUGGGUUUUUCCUGCGGAAAGUGGCAGGACAAAUUAAGAACCUCUCAAACCCGUACCUAGAAAUUGUGGGACAAGCCUAAGUGUGGAUGAGCUCAUAGAGGGAAUGGUUUAGGGGCAGUCUUCUCCUGCAGUAGCCAGCGAAUAUUUCAUCAUCACCCUUGCUAUCAUUUCAUUUCCUUGCAUUUGUGAAUCACUUCCCAUGAGGCACCCCAAAGCGAUUCACAAAAUGAUAAGCUAUAUAGAACAGGUACACAUAUAAAAGCAGUUAAGACAAUUGCAAACAUAAAAACGAUUAUUAAAAAUGAUUGUAACUAUAAAAAAACCAGUUUAAGACAGCAGCAUAUACAUAAAAUCAGUUCAGAUUCAAGACAGAUACCAAGUGGAAUAAAGGUUUCAGAAGGCUUGUUGGAAGGUGAACAUUUUUCGCAGGCAAUACAUUGGUAUGCAUUGGGAGGGAGUUCUGCCAUGCAAAAGGUCCGAUUCCAUUAUUGUGCAGAAUAGACCUCCUAACAGGAUGGUAAGUGCAGGGUUUUGUGUGUCAAGGUCCCCAAGCCACCCCUAAAUAAAUUCACACUUCACACCAUAAUUUUUGUUUUGGCAUAAUUUUGGCCACAACUUUAUUAAAAUACAAACAAUGUGAGUGGUUGCUUAGGCAUUGGUUGCGACUAUAUGUCCCCGCCCAGGGACAGAACUGGCAAGCCAGCGAAGUUAGUAAAGGAAAACAUUUUAUGGGGAGUAGAUGGAGCUGGGUACGAGAUCCUCACCUCUCCCCAAAUGCUCCCAGGGGCUCUUGUGUGGCCCUAUCCCCCUUUACAGGGGUGCAGACAAAAGCAUGGUGAGCCGCUGGAUUCCUUUAACGGAAUACCCUUGCUGCAGCAGCAUUGGAGGGGCAGGCACAGCCAAUCCAUACCCCUCCAUCAACCAAUUUUCUAAAACCAAUGCCUAACCGCAACCUUACAAGUUGUGACGAUUUUCUACGCAGUAGGCAAAAACCAAAUGGCACCAGCCAAUCAGCCAAAUGGACAAAAUUCCUACCAGGCCCCUGCCCCAAAAGCAGACGACACCAUGACAGGCAUAGCAAAGUCAAACGCAACAAACACCCUAAAAUUAGGGAGGGUGGGCGACUGAUCCGAUGCACGCAGCAAAAAGAGGAAGCUCAACGCUGCGCGCAGGGAAUAUAUUAAACUCAGGCUGUCACUCAAAAUUGGCAACAUCAAACUCUCCCCAGCAACCCAAGGAGUCCAAUCACACUUUGGGCCAACCAAACCAAGGAGAACACGCUUUCUCUCCUACAGAAUUCAGUGAUUAGUUGGGUACCGUAUGUAGCGGCUGACAUGGUCCUAGCAGAUCCCAAGCCUAUCCUGGUUCCAAGCUGUAUAUUGCUUUGUGCACUGAUACCAGCACCUUGAACCUCACCUUGUAGCUAGGUGCAAUUAUUUCAGCAGUGAGGUAGUAAUGAGCCACUGAGCUGCCACAUUUUGCACUAGCUGCAGCUUCUGGGUCAGCUUCAAGGGCAGUACCACACAGAGCAUGUUGUAGUAAUCCAACCUGGAGGUUUACCAGUGCAUGGCUGACAGUGGUCAGGCGAGCCCAACCCAGAAAUAGUUGCAGCUGCCUUACCAACUGAAGCUGGUAAAAAGGCUUAAUAGAUUUAAGUUGCACUCUGGCAAUCUCUGCUUCCAUGCCAUCUCCAUGUUGCUUCCUGCAUUUAACAGACCUGGCAUAAAAAACUGUUUAGUCUGGUGGUUCAUGCCAGCAGCCCUAACCAGGCUGCUCCUGGGAAGAAAUAUUUGUGCAAGAACUUUUUUCGGAGAGUAUAUGCUCUAAUGAUUGGUUUUGAGGUUGGGAACCCAAUUCACGAAUGUACAUCCUCUCCCCUCCCUUGACCUACUGAAUUCAACACCAGAUGCUAUUCAUAAAGGGAUUUUAGCAGGUAGAGCCUCACCUUUGUAGGUGUCUUAUUCACCAACUUUGAUGCCCUUUCGAGGAUGUUUCAGAAGAUGACAAGUUGCAACCAAGAUUUGCAAGACCUGCAUGAUGGAUCCCAACAUAAAGCAACUUCUUAAUGCCUCUCUUCAAGUACUAUAUAACUUUGGAGACAUUUAUAAGAUCACUUUGCUUGUGAGGAAAAAGUGCUGGAAACAUGUGCUGUCUUAGUAUGAUUUUGAUUUGCAAAUGUACAGGUAGAACAGGCAGAACUCAAGUAGGCAUAAGAAAAGUCCCAAAGCUUAUUUUUGUGACUGGGGCUUAAAAAAAAAUUAUUCUUUCUCUCCCUCCACCAACCCCACCAGAGGUGGAUUUUGAGCAGUGCAUCCAGUUCAGUCACAUUGAGCGUGGAGACUUGGGGGUGGCGCAACUAGGAUUUGAAUGGAGCAUGAGAGGUGGGGGGGUGUUUUGCUGAAUUUUGAUGUCUCACACAGGGCACCACUGAAAUUUGAGACCCCAAGAUCCACCACAGACACCCUUUGUUUCUUUUUCUUACCAUCCGGCUUGAAGAAGACCUUUGGAGGUCAAACGCUUGUGACAUUUCAGUCAGUCCUAUUAAGUACAUUUUCCUGCAUUUCUGGAUUUUUGCCCCUGACCUGCCUCCCCUCCCACCCACCCAGGACAAACACGGCUACCCGCUGCAGUUUGCGUCUUGUGCAUUUGUGUAAUCAGUAGCAAAAUUUCAAAAGAAAUCCCCAACGGACAGAUCAGGGACCAAGAUGAUUUCUAGGGAUGAGGAACCAAACUCAAGACUUCCCCUGGGCAAUGGCAUCGUUGGCUCAGAUUUGGAACCAAUUUGGCAGAGUCUGCAUCAUUGUAGGGGUGAUGUUAUUCUGAUUUGGGACAGAAACAAGCAGGGCUUUUUCCCCCCAUCCAGAACUCAUUGGAACUCACCAGUGGUGCCAUUGCCAUUAUAAGAGAACAAGGGAGGCGUUCAUGGUAAAUUCCAGCAUCUGUUUUUCUAGAAAAAGAGCACUGGGAACAAGGAUAAUAAUAAUAUUAUAAUUUAUUAUUUGUAUCCUGCCCAUCUGGCUGGGUUUCCCAAGCCACUCUGGGCGGCUUCCAACAAAGAUUAAAAAUACAUUAAAAUGUCACACAUUAAAAACUUUCCUGAACAGGACUGCCUUCAGAUGUCUUCUAAAUGUCAGGUAUGUAGACCAUGGGUAGGAAACUAAGGCCUGGGGGCCGGAUCCGGCCCAAUCGCCUUCUAAAUCCAGCCAGCAGAAGGUCCAGGAAUCAGUGUGCUUUUACAUAAGUAGAAUGUGUCCUUUUAUUUUAAACGCAUCUCUGGGUUAUUUGUGGGGCAUAGGAAUUUGUUCUUUUUUCCCCUCCAAAAUAUAGUCCGGCCCCCCACAAGGUCUGAGGGACAGUGGACCGGCCCCCUGCUGAAAAAGUUUGCUGACCCCUGAUGUAGACAGUCUGGAGAUGAGCAUUGUCACUUUCUGUUUCUCCCUCCUUUGUGCCAGGAUCUGGCUACUCCGCUGCAGAAAGGCAAACCAACGAGGUGUAUGCUGAAGAAACCUCCCAUGUUCUUGCUCCAGAAUAUCGAGGUAAGCAUUUUCAGAUUGGUAGAGCUAAAUAAUCUUAAAAAGUGCACUGCCAUCCAAACGAUAUUGGACUACAACUUCCAUCAGCACUGUCCAUUGGCCAGGCUGAGUAGGGCUGAUGGGAGUUGGGGUCCAAUGACAUAUGGAGGCCAGCCAUUCUCAGUAAUUUUCAUGUGAUCUUUUGGAAGGCCCAGCUGUGCCCAGGUCGCACAUACAUCGUUCUCUGGGGGAGGGGACAGUUUGGGGCAUCCUUGGAAAGGUGCCAUCUUUUUGGCUCUUCAUCCCUCCUGCAGCCUGAGGGAUGCAAGAGGCAAGCAGUAAGGGUGUCAGGAACCCACAUAGACACAUUGAUUGGAGGUGUGAGGAGGGAAUGGGACCUCAAUUACUAGCCCUAGUGCAAUCACCAUACACCCACUAGCCAUACUUCUCAGGGGCUGAACAUAGAGCAUUAGUGAGCAAGGACUGUAGGCAUAUAGGGGUUUUACAUGGAACUCCAUCUAGUUUCCCAGUUGUGAGGAAGAGCCCUGUAUGCUCAAACAUUGGGUGAGCAUAUUCUCAUUAAUGGCAUGCUUCACAUGCUCAAACAUUGGGUGAGCAUAUUCUCAUUAAUGGCAUGCUUCACAUGCUCAAAUAUUGGGUGAGCAUAUUCUCAUUAAUGGCAUGCUUCACAUGCUCAAACAUUGGGUGAGCAUAUUCUCAUUAAUGGCAUGCUUCACAUGCUCAAACAUUGGGUGAGCAUAUUCUCAUUAAUGGCAUGCUUCACAUGUUUGGUGUAUGGCGUCUGCGCACUCCUAGGCCCCACUUGCAUUUCAAGCACUAUAAUAUUGCUGUAACAGUCGUGGCUUUCCCCAAAGAAUAUUGGGAAGUGUCAUUUGUUAAGAGUGCUGAUAGGUGUUAGGAGACGCCCUCAGGAGACCCCCUAUUCCCCUCACAGAGCUACGAUUCCCAGAGUUCCCUGGGAAAAUGAAUUGUUUGUUAAACCACUCUGGGAAUUUUCCACUCUGUGAAUAGGGGAAUAGGGGUCUCUUAACAACUCUAAGCGUGGGAUGCGGGUGGCGCUGUGGGUUAAACCACUGAGCCUAGGAUUUGCUGAUCAGAAGGUCGCGGUUCGAAUCCCCACAACAGGGUGAGCUCCCGUUGCUCAUUCCCUGCUCCUGCUAACCUAGCAGUUCGAAAGCACGUCAAAGUGCAAGUAGAUCAAUAGGUACCGCUCCGGCGGGAAGGUAAACGGCCUUUCCGUGCGCUGCUCUGGUUCACUAGAAGCGGCUUAGUCAUGCUGGCCACAUGACCUGGAAGCUGUACGCCGGCUCCCUCGGCCAAUAAAGCGAGAUUAGCGCUACAACCCCAGAGUCGGUCACGACUGGACCUAAUGGUCAGGGGUCCCUUUACCUUUAACAACUCUAAGCACCCUUAGCAAACCACAGUUCCCAGGUGGUAUAAGAGUGCUAAAUAUAUAGCUGUGGUCAGAGAGACUGAGGGGAGCCUUGUAGGCCAUCUAGGUAAUUUACCUGCUCAAAUUGGAAAACCUAGAAACAGAAGAGCCCACCACAAUGUUGGGUCCCUAUCUGCACUAUAAAGCACUAUCAUAACACUUUAACAAGCCAUGGCUUCCCCCAAUGAAUCCUGCGAACUGUAGUUUGUAAACAGUGCUAGGCAACCAUUGUGGGCAGAUAUUCUCUUUUCCCUUUCACACAACCGGCCCUUGACCUGCCUGGAUAAUGCUAGCCAUGGGGUCCUAUGGGGACAGCCAACAGCUGCUGUUUUGCUCUGUGGCUGGGUCGGCCCUGACUAAAAUAAUUGAUGUAAAGGCAGGGAAACAGCUGGCACAAAAUUAAUUUACCACAUUUCCUGAAUACAGAAGUUUGCCUGAAAUGUAAAAUUAGGGGCAGCUAGUUGGGCAAGCUCCAAGGCUGUGCUAUUGUUCACCAGAGAUGGGCCCCUGGGUCUGGUUUUCAAAGCCUGGAGCUUGUUAAGGAACAAUAACAAAGAAAAUUCCACAGAGCACACACAGAGUGCUUUCUUCCAUGGCCAAAUAACUAACCAUACUAGUAAGACCUUAUCCAGAGAUCUCAGCCUAGUUCUGUGGGCCACACUUUUAAGGAGGAUGCAAAUUGAAAGGAAUUUAGUGGCGGUGGGGGAUGAAGAUUGUCUAUGGUACAGAAAGCAAAUCCUAUUAGGAAAGUUUAAAGAAACUGGGGGUGUUUAGCUUUGGAAAGAGAAGUCGGAGGUGGACAUGACAGAAAUCUUCUUAUUGCUGAAGAGAUGUUGGGUAGAAAAGGACAAAAACUUACUAUCUGCUGCCCCAGAGUGGGCAGAAGUAGAGGUAAUGGGAUUAUGCCACAGGAGCAUUAAAUUUCAGUUGAACUUUGGGACAAAGUUAUUUGGGGUAAAUAAACACCUGAUAAAUAUGCCAUGAUAAACACCAUGCUGGUAUUAUAUUUUCUGUGUUUCACAUGAAAAAGUCUCAUCCUUUCACAACCAUUCUGUUGUUGUUGUUGUUUAGUCGUUUAGUAAUGUCCGACUCUUCAUGACCCCAGGGACCAGAGUAUGCCAAGCACUCCUGUCUUCCACUGCCUCCCACAGUUUGGCCAAACUCAUGUUAGUAGUUUUGAGAACACUGUCCAGCCAUCUCGUCCUCUGUCGUCCCCUUCUCCUAGUGCCCUCAAUCUUUCCCAACAUCACGGUCUUUUCCAGGGGGUCUUCUCUUCCCAUGAGAUGGCCAGAGUACUGGAGCCUCAGUUCAGGAUCUGUCCUUCCAGUGAGCACUCAGGGCUGAUUUCCUUCAGAAUGGAUAGGUUUGAUCUUCUUGCAGUCCAUGGGACUCUCAAGAGUCUCCUCCAGCACCAUAAUUCACAACCACUCAUCUUAUUGCAAACAAUGGGGGGUGGGGUGGCGCCCGGAUCAAAUUCCCCAUGGUAGAUCUGAACGCAUGAGCAGGUAUAUAUGGGAGCUGGUGGUUCCUUGAGUUACGAAAGCUUUUGCUCUUGAUAGCUAGAAUACCUAAAUGAGGUUCUCUCUCUCUCUCUCUCUCUCUCUCUCUCUCUCUGUCUCUCAGUUCCCCAAUGGUGUCACCUGUUGAGCAUUUAUCAUGGGGAGGCUACAUGCUAUUCUCCCCGUGGAGGUAAUUACCGCAGCAGCCUGGGGACGUGCUGUGAGCUUUCGUGCGACCGUGGAUACCGCUUGAUUGGCCAGAGGUCCGUACAGUGCCUGCUAAACCGUCGCUGGUCAGGGCAUGCCUACUGCAGACGUAAGUGUCACGCCAGUGUCCAUAGGCCGCUCCACAUUACAGCCAUCCUCAGGAAGCUCCAUUAAAGUACUCAAUAUAGGGUGCCAUCAACAUAACCCAAGAUGAGCCUGCAGGAUAGCUCAGUUGGUAGAGCAAGAUACCCUUAAUCUCAGGGUUCUGAGUUCAAGCCCCAUGUUGGGAGAAAAGAUUCCUGCAUUGCAGAGAGUUGGACAAGAUGACCCUUGUGGUCAUGGGCACAGCCAGGAUUUUUGUUAGGGGGGCCAGAACCUCCGUUAGCUAUGUACAGUAUUUUUAAUGUUUUUUGUUGAUGGGGGGACAGCUGGCCCUCCGUGCCCCCCCCCCCGGCUACUCCCUUGCUUGUGGCCCUUACGAUUCUAUGUGUCAGAAGUAAUUGCUGGCGGAGAACAGACAUACACAUCUACUACGUAUUUUGGGAAAUUAUCUGUUCACUUGUAGAUUUCGACACCUCUUAAGAUAUUGUCAUAAAACUUUGCUUGCUCGUUGUUCCAGAGACCAAUUUUUAAUCUAUGUUUCGAUACAGCUGGGCAUCAUUUUUAAUCAAGAAGGCAGGCUGAACAUUUCAGAACUGUAUUGAUUUUCACCACUGAUUUCAAGAGUGCUUUAUAUCAAGGGCAAAAGGAGGUUUGUGAAAGGACUGAGCGUGAAGGACCAAGGAAUUCAUAGAAGGGUCCAGGCAUAUUAAUCCUGCACCAUUAGAACAGCUCUCAGGCAGAGGAAGCGUCCGGCCUGAUCCCUCCUAUGCUGCAACACCAGAAUUAGUUCUGUUAGCCCAGGCAGACCAGGCAACCUAAGGAGCCAAUAGGAGCUGUUGUUCCAGGCUUGCUUCCUUAGUCUGAGUAACCUGUCAAUGUAGCAAAGCUCUCCCUCUUUGGAUCAUGCUGAUUCCUGGCACAGAUUGUUGAAGAAUUGGACUUGCACAGGGGAAGCGGGGAGCUGUAUUCAGAUUCCUGCUCAAUUAGCUACUCUGUGACAUGAAUGAAUGAAUGAAUGAAUGAAUGAAUCUUUAUCUGUAUCAGCCAUUGGCCAUAGCAAUAAAACAACAAUAUGAUAUACAAAGAAUAGAAAUAAGAAGUCAGUUAUAUAAAAUACAUUUUAGGGUUUUGAAUCAAUAGUCAAAUAGUGGAUCUUAUUCUGAUUGCCCCAGCUAAAAACCUUGCAACCUUUGCUGUCACCUGUUCAUCUUGAUCUGCCAAGAGAAAGGACACUGUGGCAGUGUUUGGGCAACCGGGAAUGGACAAUAAAAGAUGGGUGAUAAUCUCAUUCCUCAAGUCUUUAUAAAGAGUGCAAGCCAGAAGGGCAUGCACCACCGAUUCAGUACUGCCAUCUCCACAGGGACAUAAGUGUUUCCGUGUGGAAUUUGUUGGAAUUGUCCCUCGAGUACAGCCGAGGGCAAUACAUUCAAUCUUGCGAAAGCAAAAGCGUGACUCUGUGACAUGCCAUUAUCUCUCAUGUUAACCUGCUGCACACAGUUGCAUGGAUCAGCUUCCCCAAAGCACCCUCACAGUGCUACAAUUCCCAGCACCUUUAACAAGCUACAGUUCCCAGGAUGUUGUUUUUUUAAAAAAAAUCUGCUUAAAAUGCAGGUUGCAGGCAUGACCUUAGUAUUUUUGCUACAAAGCUUGAAACACUUUGAAGCUGGUAUCCAGGGGGUUGUAACUCCAUGAAGAGGCUGGGGAACUUUCAAAUUCUCUUUCUGUGCACAGAGAUUCGGUGCCCUACGCUGCCAGCAAUCUACCAUGGAUCGUACCAGUGUUCAGAUGGAGUCAAGGUCGAUUCUCACUGUGACUACACCUGCCGGCCUGGAUACCACCGGGAAGGUGAUCGCAGUCGUGUGUGCUUAGAAGACGGACAUUGGAGUGGCAGCGAGCCAAUUUGUGUAGGUAAAUUCUUCCCGGAGCCAACCACACAUAUUGCAUGGAAUAAGUUGCCAUUGCCCCUACCAGGAAUGUCAGAGAAUUCUGAUGGAAACAGAAACGGGAGGGGAAAUGGCCAAUGUAUAUGUACUUGACAUAUUUAAACUGGCUUUCCAUCUGUUGGACUAUCACGGCUCCCUGAAAACUCCCUAAGAAUCUUCUGUGCAGAAAUCUCUCUGACCAAAACAAUGGAACUACAGUUUCCAAAGACUGCUAAGGGGAAUGGCCAUUAAACCAGCUGGGGAUAUGUAUUUUGGACAGCUAGCUACUCCACAGUCAUUCAAACCACAACCUAAAGUAUUUAUUUAAGAAUACUUAUAUCAUGCUUUAUAGCCCUGAGGGGCUCCCAUUUGCCUUAGUGGUCCAACCUCAACAGUUUUAUCCCAGAGAUUUUAGUGCAUUUCCAUGUCACCUUCCCAUCUGCAAAAAGUCCAUUUUUAAAAAAGUGGAUUUGUUGGAAAAGAGCACUUUAAUCCAGUUUAAUGGCACAAACCAACAUUUCCGGAAUGCUCUUGAAUCCCUCCUGCAAAAUACUGAUAAUUUGGAUGUGGCCAGUCAUUUGUCAUUCAGGCCCAAGGCGGAAACUUUCCUCCUAGUUGCUGCCUGUUUCCAUGGAGUUCCUUUCUGAUUCUACUCAAGCAGACAUAGAACCUCCGAAAAUCCAAUGUCCUGAGUCUCGAGAGCGAAUGGCAGAACCCAACAAGCUGACAGCCACUGUGUACUGGGAUCCACCUCGGGCAAAGGACUCCGCUGAUGGUGUCAUCAAACAGUAAGCUUGGGGGAGGCUGCACUGGGGUCUCAGCACCGUUUUAAGGAUUCUUUUUGGAAGAAUAAGUUCAAACCCAGCCCUAAUAUUUACAUCCUGACAUAUCUCUCUGUCUUUCGAGUCCAGGAUGACACUCCGGGGCCCAGAACCAGGAUCCGAGUUUUCUGAAGGAGAACACAUUAUCCGCUACACCGUCUAUGACCAGGCAUACAACCGAGCAAGCUGCAAGUUUUUUGUGCGCAUCCAAGGUAAAGGAUAGGACCUUCCCUCAUCUCUCCAAAGCAUUACACUAAAUGUGAGGUUGCUGCUUACACCUUUGCCUCUUCUCUUAAAUAGGAGCAGUGAGAGAGGCAUGGUUUAGAUUUCAACCGUGGGUAGGUUUUACCCCUGUCUCCAGGCCAUGGUCCCAUUGGAAAUUCUCUCCUCUGAGAGCUUUGUUUGCCAAUAACAACAUUCCAGUUGGAGAGAAUAGCAGCUUGGCAGGUGGAGGUGGAGUAUUUUUGGCAAGAGCAGUUCCAAUCCGCAUCAACUCCCCAUCCCUCCAUGACUCCUGCCAGGAGGUUGGAAGAUACAAGUUCAAACCAUUCAUUUAAAAUAGCAUGUGGUUUGGCACCAAGGCCAGACCAGGACAUUUUGUUACUUGCUACAAAUGCCAUGUUCUGAUCCGAAGCCAGGUCUGAUGGGGAAUGGGGCAAGGCAGAGUUGCAGGACCUUGGAUAGUUCUGAAUAAGCAAGCUUGGGAGCAGCCUGAGGAGUUCUAAGCUUCUGUCGCCAGACUACCUCUGCUAGAAUCCACUCCCUUGUGGGAUAACUUUAGAUUGUUCCCAGUUCCUUGGGAACAGGUGGUUAAACCACUCUGAUAAUUGUAGUUCUGAGAGGAUUAGGAGUUUCAUAACACCGCUCAGCACUUUUAACAGAUUAGUCCCUAGGGUACCCUAGGGGGGUGUCAUGCCUGUCAAAGUGGCACCACAGUAGUUUAAAUGCACAAGUGUGCAUGUGGCCUGUGUUGUGUUGGAGGCGAGGAAGACUUUGGGUUCUGAUUCCUAACCUUCCCUUCCACAGUGAGUCGCUGUCCUGUUCUAAAACCACCAGAGCACGGUUAUGUCAGCUGCACCUCAGCAGGGAACAACUACGGAGCUACCUGCGAGUACCACUGUGAUGGAGGCUAUGAACGCCAGGGUGCCCCCUUGAGGGUCUGUCAGUCCAGCCGCCAGUGGUCUGGCUCUCAGCCCACGUGCAUUCGUAAGUGUGUGUUGGGGUUGAGGGCAGAAGAACUAGGGUAAAGGGCAACAGUUGUACCCAAAAUCAGUUCUACUCAGAGUACACCCUUUGAAAUGAAUAGGCAUGAUUUAAUGUAGGUCUGUUGAUUUAAAAGGGGUCUGCUCUCGAGUAGAACUUAACUGGAUGCAAGCUUAUAAGCAGCCUCACAGGUUGCUGCUGAGGGGAAAGCAGGAUAUACCUUUAAAACUAAUGCCUCUGAGAUCACAGUGAUGCUUCCACCAUGACAUCACUGCCCUGAGCUCCAACUGACAUCAUCUCGGUUAUUGUUUUCCAUUUCUAACAGUAGCUGUGUCAGUUGGGGGAGAAGCCAGAUUGCAGAGAGCAUUUUUGGGUCCAUUGUUAGAUUAGCUAGGCAUUGUAUUUACAGACAAAGCAGGCAAUUGUUUCAAAAUUAGCCAGCUCCAAAAACUCUCUCCAACUCCACCUACAGCUCAGUUAGAAACAAACACAUCAGAGCAGCCACUGCUUGGUGACAUCAGCUUCAGCUCAGAGUAUUGUUUUGCAAUCAAGCAUCACUGUGAUCUUACGCAGUUAACGCAAGUAUUUGUUUUAAAUGUAUUUGCCUCAUUCCUGCUACAAGUGCGUGGAAGACAUGCACACACACACACACACACACAAACACUCUGCAACUAGUAGGCAGGACUAUUGCCUGGCUUGCUGGCCGUAGAUGUCCAAGCAAGAGUUGUUGAAGGCUGGACAUUAUUUGUGUGUCUUGGGGGUGUUUUCUGACCAGCAAACAGGACACAAACAUCAGCAAGCAUCCCAGGGGCAUCCCCAGAAAGGGAGAAAUGUCAAGGAAGAUACAAAAGCCUUAGCGGGCAGGUUUUGUGUGUGUAAGAUGGGCUGAGAAUCCAAAUUUCCCUAAAUGCAUUUACUUACCAUCUAUGCAGAAAACCUAUAAUAAAUAACUCCCUAAAGUACUAAUAGGGGACGUGGGUGGCGCUGUGGUCUAAACCACUAAGCCUCUUGGGCUUGCCGAUCAGAAGGUCAGCAGUUUGAAUCCCCGCGAUGGGGUGAGCUCCCGUUGCUUGGUCUGUGCUCCUGCCAACCUAGCAGUUUGAAAGCACGUCAAAGUGCAAGUAGAUAAAUAGGUGCCGCUCCGGCGGGAAGGUAAAUGGCGUUUCUGUGCGCUGCUCUGGUUUCACCAGAAGCGGCUUAGUCAUGUUGGCCACAUGACCCGGAAAAACUGUCUGCGGACAGACGCUGGCUCCCUCAGCCUGUAAAGCGAGAUGAGCACUGCAACCCCAGAGUCAUUUGCGAUUGGACUUAACUGUCAGGGGUCCUUUACCUUUUACCUUUUUAAGUUGCUAAUAGACAAUAAAAAAUGCUGGAGAGAGAGAGAGAGAGAGAGAGAGAGAGAGAGAGAGAGAGAUGAUAGGUAGAUAGAUAGAUAGAUGAAACAACAAUUAACCCUGUUGGUAAAUACAAUGCCUGGCUAAACUAACAAUGAACCUAAGAAUGCUCUCUGCAAUUCAGUUAUUUCCCAGCUGAUCCAACUGCUGAUAGAAAUUAGAAACAGCAACUGAGAUUAUGUCAGUUGGAGCUCAGAGCAGUGAUGUCAUACUAGAAGCAUCACUGUGAUCUCACAUAUUUAUGUAUGCAACCAUGACUACCCGAAUGAUAUAUGCCCAAAAUUGGAAAGAGGAACAGCCCCCCCCCCCCCCGCAAAGAGACGAUUGGCAAUUAAAACUGAUGGAAUAUGCAGAGAUGGCAAAACUAACCAGCAGAUUAACAGAUCAAGAUGAUAGACUUUUUGUGAUAGAAUGGGGGGGGGGAUUUGUUAAAUAUGUGAAAACAAAUUGUAAACAGUUAAAAACAUUAGCAGGAUUAAUCUAAACAUGAGCAGGAAGAAAUUUAAAGGAAUUAUAAAGGAUAAAUUUGUUUUUUAAAAAGGAAAAAUUAAGAUAUGCAGUACAGUGGUGCCUCGCAAGACGAAAUUAAUUCGUUCCGCAAGUUUUUUCUUCUUGCGAGUUUUUCGUCUUGCGAUGCACGGUUUCCCAUAGGAAUGCAUUGAAAAUCAAUUAAUGCGUUCCUAGGGAAACCGACUUCAGACCAGGUCCGGGGACAGUCUGUCCCCCGACCUCUUCUGAAGGCUGGGGGACAAGGGCUUUUCUUCCCACCCCCAGCAUUUUAAAACCCCGGGACAGCGGAGAGCUUCUCCGCUGUCCGGGCGAUCUUAAAAUGCUGGCGGGCGGCAUUUUAAAAUUGCCCCGGGACAGCGGAGGACUUCUCCGCUGUCCGGGGCAAUUUAAAGCCCCUGGGAAGGCAGGCAGGGGGACAAAGACUUUCGCCCCCGCCAGCCUUCAGAAGAGGUCCUGGACCUCUUCUGAAGGUUGGCGGGGGGCGAAGUCUUUGUCCCCCCCCCACCUGCCUUCAAAAGCUGUCCAGCCAAGGCUCGCGGACCUCUCCGCAAGCAGCGGCAGCACUGCCGCUGCUUGCGGAGAGUUGCCGGCAUGCCGAAGCCUGCGCGCGCUGAGAUCAGCGCGCCCAGGCUUCGCGGACCUCUCCGCGAGCAGCGGCAGCGCUGCCGCUGCUCGCGGAGAGCUGCCGGCAUGCCGAGGCCUGGGCGCGCUGAGAUCAGCGCGCCCAGGCUCGCGGACCUCUCCGCGAGCAGCGGCAGCGCUGCCGCUGCUCGCGGAGAGUUGCCGGCAUGCCGAAGCCUGGGCACGCUGAGAUCAGCGCGCCCAGGCUUCGCGGACCUCUCCGCGAGCAGCGGCAGCGCUGCCGCUGCUCGCGGAGAGUUGCCGGCAUGCCGAAGCCUGCGCGCGCUGAGAUCAGCGCGCCCAGGCUUCGCGGACCUCUCCGCGAGCAGCGGCAGCGCUGCCGCUGCUCGCGGAGAGUUGCCGGCAUGCCAAAGCCUGCGCGCGCUGAGAUCAGCGCGCCCAGGCUUCGCGCGGACCGGAGAUUUCCCUAUGGGCUUUCGUCUUGCGGCGCAAGCCCAUAGGAAAUUCGCUUUGCGAGCGCCUCCAAAACGGAAAACCCUUUCGUCUAGCGGGUUUUCGUCUUGCGAGGCGUUCGUCUUGCGGGGCACCACUGUAAGAAAAUGACAGAAAAAUAAGAAACCGCAGAAGGGGAAGAAGUCACAGAAAAUAUUAUUCAAUUUGUGUAGAUUUAUAUCGACUGUUGAAUGCUGUUAAAUGAGAAAAUGGGAAAUAAAAUACAGGGAGCUCUGAUCUCAGAGGCAUCUCUUAGUUUUAAAUGUAUAUCCCACUUCCUAGUGUUAGCCCUACAUGGGGAUUGAAGAUGCUUAAGUAUCAGGUUCUUUGAGGUCCAAACAUUCUCAAAAAUCCUGCCUAAGGUUACACAGAGUGAAGCUUCUCCUCCACUGCACUUUUAUGACAUAAAUCAGACCUGAAAUCAUUGCUUUACAGUGCGGUAUCCAUUCGGUUCUUGCUUUGAAUUGAGAAAUGGAAACAAGGAGACGAUUCAGGGCACACAGGCUAUUCCAGAUCUCAAUGCUCCUUCGUGGUUCCACUGCUAAACAUCUGAAUGGGGCUUCUAAGCACAUGCAACUGAAUACACUUGAAACCUCUGCGCAGUCAGGAGUCAUGACAUGUCUAGACAGGGCCUUGCACCCAAGGAAACCUUAGAGCCAGAUGCAAUUCAAUGUCAUCUCACACUGCUGGAUAUGUUGGUGUGUGAUUGGUGAUUAUCCAAAUCAUAUAUGGAAAAUUUACUGCUUGGUUGCAGAAAACCUCAAAAGUGGUCAUUUUGAUACUAUAAUUCCAGUUUCUUAUUCUUUUCUACAUAUUUUUGCUGUUAUUGGCACUGGGACAUUGUAUUUGAGACCAAAAAAGUAAAAAGGGGCGAGAAUCUAUUGAAUGCUUUUUUCCUGGCCCUAUAGAUAUAUGAUCUGGAGUUCUUUACAAGUGUUAUGAAAAUUUUACUGUUCUGAUGGCAGAAAAUUAUUAUAGAUGUUGAAGGAAACAGCAGUGGUGGACACUGGGCUCUCAAAUUUCAUUGGGCUUGUUCUGAACUUUGGUUCAGAUAGCUCACUUGGUUAGAGCGUGGUGCUGAUAACGCCAAGGUUGCAGGUUUGAUCCCCAUAUAGGAUGGCUGCAAAUUCCUGCAUUGCAGGGGGUUGGACUAGAUGAUCCUUGGGGUCCUUCCAAUGCCCCGAGUCUCUAAUUCUGGGAACUGGAAACCCCAUUUCAGCAUUGUUAGAACAUGGGAGAGGAACCUGUGUUCCUUCAAAUGUUCCUGGACUCCAACUCCAAUCAUCCCUGACCAUUGACUAUUACAGCUAGGGCUGAUGUGAACUGGAGUCCAAUAGCUGGAGGACCAGUGUUUCCUCAUCCUCAACUUAGAACCUGGAAGAAAUGGCUGUUGGGGCAGUGAUGAAUAACAUCUUCCCCUACCAUGGUCCUUCUGAGCAUAUUGUUGCAUUGCCAGCUUAAGAGCAGUGAUUAAGGUAAAGGUAAAGGGACCCCUGACCAUUAGGUCCAAUCGUGACUGACUCUGGGGUUGCGGCACUCAUCUCGCUUUAUUGGCCAAGGGAGCCAGCGUACAGCUUCCGGGUCAUGUGGCCAGCAUGACUAAGCCGCUUCUGGCGAACCAAAGCAGUGCAUGGAAACACCGUUUACCUUCCCGCCGGAGUGGUACCUGUUUAUCUACUUGCACUUUGACGUGCUUUCAGACUGCUAGGUUGGCAGGAGCAGGGACCGAGCAAUGGGAGCUCACCCCAUCGCGGGGAUUCGAACCACCAAUCUUCUGAUCGGCAAGUCCUAGGCUCUGUGGUUUAACCCACAGCGUCACCCGCUGAUUACAAGGAACCAAAUCUUUUCACUAGCUGUAGGGCAACGCCCCUUAGUGUUCCUGAAGAGAGGGGACUGGAAGUGAAAGUGUGUGUGUUCAGCUGAGAGCACAAAGUGUAGACAAGAUCCAUUUGCACCAUUGUGACCAACCAUGUGAACCAAUUUGGGUAUCUGAGAUGAUAUCCCUAGCAAAGGAGUGGGGGCAAGGAACCUAUGGCCCUCCAAAUGCUAUUGAACUACAACUCCCAUCAGCCCUUACUAGCUAUACUGAUUGGGACCCAGGUGAGUUGGAGUCCAACAGGUUCACGUGACCUAUUGUGUGAGCAAGGUUCGUAAUCUGGCUCCACUCCCCAGAAAAGUAAUAGCAGUGAUGGCAGAAAGGAGGCAUUUGGGGGGGACACUCAGAGAUGUUCGUCAGUAUCCAUUCCUACAGUGUGGCAGGUGGCCCUGUUGCCACUAUUACUGCUCUCCAUUCUUCAUAUUGCUACCCGUCUAGCAUGUACCCAUCUAGCAUGCUAAAACCCUGUGUCUUCUCAUGCUCUGCUGACAGCCAUGCAGAUCAAUGUGGAUGUGAACUCUGCUGCCGGCCUUCUGGACCAAUUCUAUGAAAAGCGCCGGCUGCUCAUCAUCUCUGCUCCUGAUCCUUCUGACCGCUACUAUAAGAUGCAGAACAGCAUGCUGCAGGUAAGCCCUUCCUCUUGAGUUUCCAUCCUAGAACUCACACCCUUCCUUCCCUUCUCCAGCUACAGGGUUCCUCCAACCAUUUGCUUCUCUCUUCACUGCAGCAAGCCACAUGUGGGCUGGACUUGCGCCACAUCACCGUCAUUGAGCUGGUGGGGCUGCCGCCUCACGAGGUGGGGCGGAUCCGUGAGCACCGACUCUCAGAGAACAUCAUUGAAGGGCUCAGGUUAGUGGUGCAGAGUGGCUGGCAGACGUUCAGGUUCAAAUCCCUGCUCAGUGACGAAUGUUACUGGCCUUGGGCAACCACUUGCUGGGAUUUUACAAAGAGAAGAGUGCGCAUGAUAAGGCAAAAACAAAAUGAAGAGGGGGUCUAUUUUUUCCACAUUUGUAAUUUUUAAUUUGUGCGAUUCAGCUGCCACAAAAUGUGGUGGAGACCACUUAGAAUUUAAAAAUCUUUAAAGCCAACAGUGAGCGUAUUAACUUAUGGUCUGUGUGUGUGGUUUGGGAGCUGCACAAUCAGGGGAAAAACAAUGCUGUCCAGGGUUGUAAAGACUACGGAGAGAAUAAUUGGGUGCACUCUUUCCACCUUGGAUCAAAUCUAUGCUUCCAGGUGCCAUAAGAAAGCUGCAGAGAUAGCGCAGCAUAGUGCGCACCCUGGAAAUGAUUCUUUCAGCUUCUGCCUUCUGGAAGAAGGUACAGGGUUAUAAAGACUAGGACUAGCCGUUUGAGAAACAGUUUCUACCCAAAUGCGAUUUUGAUUUUAAACGCAUUGUAAGGAGUCUGUAUGGGAGUAUAUUGUAUUUAAAAAUGGGGUAUCAGAGUUUUUAGGGGGCUAACCAGGUUGGGAUAGCUGGGAUAGCAGGCUUGUUGGGUUUUGAAUGUUUUAUGUAGAUUUUCAAUUUCGUUGUUCUGUACGGGACAAUGACAAUAAAGGUAUCGUAUUGUAUCGUAUCGUACAAGCCAAUAUGGCUACAUGCAUCUUCCAGGUUCAGGAACAGUAGCUGUGGAACAAUUAAAGGGCUGUUAUUGUCAUCAUGUCCUGCUUGUGAAAUUGCAAGAAGCAUUUGGGUGUCUGCUACUGGAAACAAGAUGGUGGACUAAGUGGAGCUUUGAUCUGAUGCUGUGAAGAUGGCACCAGAUCCUUCAUUCAUCUCAGUGAACUGGCGUCUGGAAUAAAAUGUGGUGGACCUCGAGACGUAUUUCCAUUUGCCUAUAUUGCUCCAGUUCUGACCCUGUUGUAUCCACUUGACACUCUCACUCCAUGAUGCAGAUAGAUACCUUGGCUUUAGUUGCAGUGGAACAGCAAGCCAAUAGCAAACUGGCAACUGGCGGCUUCUAGUAGUCGUGAGCCAUGGGGAAGCCAGCAACAGAGACUCCCCCAAAAGAUUGCAGUGAUCAGGCAGGGAUAGAAGGGCUCAGGCAGUCCUAGAGUUAUCCCGCUCCCAAUGGCUUUAUAAAAUAAUGCAAAAACAUUGAACCUGGCCUGGUAACACAUAAGCAGUCAGUCAGGGCAAGCACUCAAGUUACAUGCUGGCUCCCUAGGGCCUCCAGAUAUGGGGAAGCUGGGUAUGGCCUUGCCCUUAUUUGUCAUCACAUGGUGUCAGGAGCAGGAAAAUUCAAGCUACUGCAAAGGAAGGUUUGGAGCACACUUAGAAGAACUGAGGCUUGGUGUUUCCUACUUCUCAUGGGAAAUGCUUGGCGGAAUAAAGGGUCAGGUGACCUGACAGGUGAGCAGCUGCAACUGCUUGUCAAUGUGGCCGACGGAGGGUUAGCUAAUUGUGGAUCUGGCCCUCUGGGCAAAAGCAGUUCCCAUCCCUGCUCUAAAACCACUACCCUCCAUGAGCUCUUAGGGUCUCCAGCAAACUGGCAAUCAGCCAACCUUCUGUUUCUAUAGGCAGUUCCUGCAUAUCACCCGCUCCCGCUUCAACGUUGUGUUGGUCGACAAAGAAGGCGUGGACCGUGAGCGCUACAUCCAGCCUCUGACACCGGACGAGCUCUUUUCCUUUGUGGAUACCUACCUGCUGAGCAACCACGAAGUGCUCCAGAGGGAACAGAACAGGGACACAUGCGAGUGAUAAUGGGCUGCUCCAUCCACAGGAGUCACAGUGGACACCUUUUGACCUCUCACAUGCCCUGCCUGCUAAGGGAGAGCCAGGUCUUCCCUUUCAGCAUUGAACUGGAGGUGAAACAGAAGGGAGGAAAUUGCUGAAGUUGAACCAACAAGGACCACAGAACCUGCAGUGCCCCGGGGCCACAGCCACAUCCACAUUAAGAAAGGGGAAAUAAUCAUAACUAUUCCUGUAGGGAUUAUCCAGGAGGAUGUCUUUUAUUUUGUGCCUACCCUUUUCUAGACAAGAAGUACAUUCCACAGUGUGUGUGUGUGUGUGUGUGUAAAGGUAUCACAACCAGAGGAUAGCCCAGAAUCACAGCUCUUCUCUCUUUUUCAAGAGCAAACCAGCAAUCUAUGUGGAGAAGGUCCCGUUCUGGUUACAGAUACAUUAAGUGGAAGGCACCUUCUCUUCUUUAAAGAGUAUACAGUGGUACCUCAGGUUAUAUACGCUUCAGG